GCCCCCUGGUGGACGCCUCCGGCAGCUGCAGGAGGAUGAACUGUUUCGGAAGUGGACUCUGCAGGCCGGGGAGAGGAGCUACCGGGGUAACCGAGGAGGUGAUGAACCAUCGGUAGUGCCAUCGGGACAUAUAACAAACAACUGCAACUGCACCGGAGUUCACACACAGCUGGAGGAGUGCGUGUGUGUGUGCUGUGUGCUCACAGGUAAGUCUGUGAGAAUAACAGACGACAUGACGUGAGCCUGUCCGUGUAGCUACUUAGCAUGUGGAGCUAACCUGUACUGUAAGGUGUGCAGCGCUUCAGCUAAUCAGCUGUGAGCUAAAGCUGUGACAGAAGUAUCAGAGAUACAGCUACAUACAGAAAAGGAUGAUUCAACUGUGUACCUGGAAAAACGUGUGAAAGUGACAUUAAAGGAAAAGAAACGUCUGAGUUGAGUCCCUGUUAGCUGUUAGCAUGUGUCAGAGAAACUGCGACUUAAUGAAAGAGCGAUUGUGUAAAGAGGAGGCUCCUGCUGCUGCCUGCGUGGCCAGACCUGAACCCGGACCUCUAACUGAUAAUUAUGACAUCCAAGUCCCGACCCGAGACAGGUUAUACAGCGACCUAGACUCUGACCCGACACUCGGAGAGACCCGGACCCUGACCCAAGACUGAGAGAGACCUGGACCCUGACCCGAGACAGUUUCUACAGAGAGCGGAAACCACACUGAUUCUAUAGAGACCUGUACACCUGUAUUCAGGUACCAGGUAGGGGAGAUUGGGUUAAGAUGAGCCAUUUUUCAUAUUUCGGAUCACAACCUCAAGGCAAUCAUAGUUUUGUCUCUAACUAGUGUAUCUGCAUAUAUUUUAAGAUGUUGUGUAUCCCUGCAAACUAACAGAAUGAGUGUAAACAUAACUGUCUUGAUAAUAUAGCAUGCAAAAAUAAAGUGGUCUCCUAUGGUCAACUUACCCCGUGUAUGGGGUAAGUUGAGCCAUAUCCCUACUCCCCACUCCAGCCCUCCCUCACCUUCUCUCUCCCUAAAUAACAGUCACUUCUUCACAUUCAUGUGUAUUUUUAUCUAUUAUACACGAUUCAACUGGUGAAAUAAUUCUUUUUAUUAUUGCUGCAUAUAAGCGCUAAAAAGUUGUUUUGUAAAAAGCCAUUUUACCAUGAGAAUGUCUAUAAGUGAUUCAGAACAUUCAUGGCUGUAUUUUUGGGAAGAAAAAGUAACACAUUUCAACAAUCUGAACUGAAACUCUGAUCCUCUCAUCAGACUUCUUUACUUUCUCAAUUGAACCAAUGGCUCAACUUACCCCAGAACUACUAUGAUGACUUUAUUAGUCCUCUACGCUAAAAUGGUGGACUUUUAUGUUAGGUUUUUGAGCUCAUGUUUUAGCUCAUAGAUACCACAAUUGAUGUACAAAACACAUUUAAAAUGAUAUUUUUUGGUCUGAACACAAUCCUAAUAAAACUUAUGACGGACUAAAUUCACUUUCAAGAGUGAAAAAUGUUUUUUUGGAAAUAAAUGUCUAACCUCUUCACCCAUGUACUUCUAACCUUCACAGACUCCAUGAAUUGAUGCCCAUCUCUUAAGUAUUUGGUCACAUGAUCAAUGUCUCUCACCAUUUCCAAGCAACAGGGAGUGGCUCAACUUACUCUUUAGCUCAACCGACCCCACUCUCCCCUAUUCUUCAUUCAGAGAGCACAACCCAGAUCAGAGACUGAUUACAGGAAUCUAAACCCAGCCCAGAAAAUGUCUGUAAAAAGACACCUAGACCGUGCAUAUGCAGACGUAGCAUAUACAGAGAACUAAAUCCAGACUAGAUAUAAAUGGAGUCUGUCAAUACGCGGACCUGAAUCCAGACAAAAGAAUGUUAAAAACUAGGACUCCAUUGUAUAAGGACCAGACAAGUCCCAAAUCCAGACAAGAAACCCAUAAUACAGAAACAUGAAUUCAAAAAGGAGACCUCUGUACAGAGACCGGAUUCAAGUCUGAGACUGAUUAUGCAAGAACCCCAAUCUAUACUGUUGCUAUAAGGAUCUGUUACAAGAUCCAAUAUAAGGACUCCAUUUCAGACCAGACUUUUUAUAACGUCUUUCAAUUUAGAGACCAAAAUUCAGACCAUGUACACUUCAAACAGGGACUUUGGACGAGACAAAACCAGAUUAAAGACUUCCUGUAUUGAGUCCUUAAACCAGAACAUAGGGUGUUUUUGCGAGAACACCAAUCCAGAGCGGCUCAGCCCUUGUUUGUCAGCUGAUAGCAGCUGUUUAAUGAUGUCUUUAACUCUUAAUGCUCUGUAAGGCCUCAGGUGUGAAAUGUCACCUGUUUGAGCUCCAGCAGGUUAACAUGCAGAGUGUCAGUAAAGCUCAGGCUGACAAACAUUUCAACUCCAUAUGACCCCCAGAGGGGCUUCAUGAUUGUCACCUCCACCCCCCUGUGGACAGACAGAGGGGGAAGGAUGACUUUAUCUACCUGACACAUGAAUUAAACACCUCGGCUCAAAUCGAUCUCAUAUUUCUGAUGAACACUCAAACAGACACACAGACUGUUUCCCACUGGUCUGGAUCUCUUCUCUGGACCAGCUCCAGCUGGACUGCAGAUCUGGGUCAUCCUCUACCCUGAGGGGGAAGACAGCAGCAUGUCCAUCAAUUUAUUGACACUGACAUUGUUAAUAUGUCUCUCUAACUCUCCCCCUCCUCCAUUUUUCCCUCCCUUUAGGUGAUCUCUUGUCUCGUGUCAGCGUCGCUCCGCCCCUCUCAGAGUCUGUCUGUCAGGGUAGGUGGGCAGGCGUCGUCAGGGAGAAAUAGGGGCCAUGUUUCAGGGGUGAGGGGGAUCGGCUGCGGGGGACACACACAGCAUCAGGUGAGGAGGGGGGAGAUGAAGCUCAAACAGCGCGUGGUGGUGCUGUGUGCCGUGCUCCUCCUGCUCGGCCUCGCCAAGAUCUUCCUGCUGGAUGGAGGCGAGGGCUCCGCUGCCAGUCGCCGGGACCUCCGAGCCUUCCGCAAGGUCAGCAUCCCAUCUGCAGGGCAUGAUCAAUCAGUUAACCAAUCAGCUGUGAUCACUGUCAGCAGCCUUAAGCCUUUUGAUGACUUAUUUUUUUCAAUAUUAAUUUAUUAAACUGCUCCACAAUAAAAAGCAGAAAUCAGGUACCUUCAGUCUUUACACAGCAGGAUGAUGAUCAGGCACAUCUCAGUGUUUAAACCUCAAACACUGCUGGAGGUUCUAGUUUUUACAAAGUAAUCUGAUAGGAUUAAAUCUGAGUAUUGGGUUAUUUUGCAGAUUUGACCCUCAGUGUGUUGUGGAAAACUUGUGGGAAAGCUUUGACCCACAAAAAAACAGGAUUCUCCUAAACCCAGCAGAGGGCUGGAUUGAGACUUAGUCACACAAACUACAAGCAAACUGUAGUUUUGUUGAAGUAAACUGUUAAGCUGGGCAACAAAUAAAAGUUUUUAUAGGAGUGAGUGUUGGGAAAAUGCUCUUCGAUGUUAUUUGCUUCAGUCAUAGCAUACAAAGUAAAUAUUAGAGCUGUAAAGAAGGAUUAUGUCCUUCAAAACAUCAUCACUUUUAUCACUGAGUAUUUGCUUUCUGUAAGGGUGACAUGCUGUGGACUAUGUAUGCAGCUUGUGUUUGGAGCACUUUAAUCUGGAUUUGAUAAUUCUUUAAAUUCUACUUUUAAUUCUGAUCGAGAUGAAACCAUAAAUGUUUUUGUGUGAGUGAUUCUGAUUAAUCGAAAAUAAAGAUUAAAAGGAACAUAGAUGUUGGGGGGGGGGGAUCGAGCACUACAGCAUAGUGUCGCAAUAUGUUGUCUGCUGAUAUAUCGUAUCGUCUCAUUUACCAAGUAUCGUUUUUACAAAUUAAUUUCUUAUAUGAAGUCAAAUCUAAGAUAAUGGAAAAAUAAAAUCAACUGUUUGUCCAGUGAGGUUGGCAGAAGUGACAUCAUAGAGCAGGAGAAAGUUAGUACAACAAAUAUAUAUAAGGUUUGCAAGAUGUGCUACAUGAAAAUAAAAUAAAGCGUAAAUAAGAGAAACAUAAAGGAAAGACAAAUGCUAAAUUAGCUAAACAGCUAAUUUAUACUCACUGUAUUGCAAAAUGUUAAAAAUCACAAUAAUAUCGUAUUUUGGCCCAAGUAUUGUUACAGUUUUGUAUCGGGGGGCCACUGGUGAUUCCCACCCCUAUUAGAUGGUAUAUACCGUCUAUAUGGCCCUCUAGGUUUGAAGCAUUUCAGUGAACUUCAGUUCAGACAACAAAGACUUCAACCACUGUGAUUGGUCAGCUGGGUUGCAUCACGACUUUCGUGUUUCCAACAUUUUCAGAUUCUGCUUUAGUCAGCUGCAUAAUCGCUGCCUGAUAUUUAUCAGCUUGUACUCAGCCACCUCAAGGAAAGAGAGAAAAUGUGGAUGCUUCAUGCACUUACAUGUAGUGAUCAUGACAGUGUUGGCCACUACAGCCAAACUACAGAACCAACAUAGAACUAUCAACAAACUCUAGAUUCUCGCUGUCUGACAGUCAUUGUUCUCAGAUAUACACUCACAGCAGAUGUGUUCAUAAGAAUUCAUCAGGUAGAAACAACUUAGAAACAGCUCUGUUUCCUGGCAUGGUUGACAAGAGAAGUUUAGAUAAAGUCAGGGUUCAACUUUUCAUGUUCACACCUGUGAGUGCUAUGUGUGUGUGUGUGUGUGUGUGUGUGUGUGUGUGUGUGUGUGUGUGUGUGUGUGUGUGUGUGUGUGUGUGUGUGUGUGUAUUCAUGACUGUGAAACAAUCAUUAUCAUUUAUCAUCUUCACCCUCUUCCACAGAUGGAGGCCAGCCUGUCUCUGUCCCGUGGGGCGCGCCUCACCCACACCCUGCAGUCUCCAUGGGAGAUAGCGAGUCAGUGGGUGGGUCCAAGGGAGGUGUACCCUGAAGACACCCCUGAGCUGGCGGCGGUGCUCACUGCGCUCAGCGCGGCCCGGAUCGAGCGGGCUGACGUGGGCUACAAGGGCACGCAACUGAAGGCUCUGCUGGUCUUGGAUGGGGGUCAGAAGGUGGUCUUCAAACCCAAGAGGUGAGACCUGCUCCUGUGGGUGGGUUGUGGGUCACCUGUGUGUGUGUCACUGUGAUUUACCCGUCCAACUGUGUCUCAGGUAUAACAGAGACUAUGUGGUGGAGGGCGAGCCGUAUGCAGGCUACGACAGACACAACGCAGAGGUGGCUGCUUUCCACCUGGACAGGUGAGCACAUGACAUCACAGACCAGACUGUGAUUGUGAGGUUUGGGAUUUUUCAUGUCUGGGUUACCUCUGUGUGCUCUGCAGGAUCCUGGGCUUCAGGAGAGCGCCUCUAGUGGUUGGGAGGUAUGUGAACCUGCGGACGGAGAUCAAACCUGUGGCCACAGAGCAGCUGCUGAGCACCUUCCUCAUGCAGGGUCAGUUCACUCUGAUAACAGAAGCAGAGUCUUCAUGAAAGGUUCCCUCUCUGUUCACUCGUCUGUUGUCUCUCUCCAUCACUGUGUCUGUUUGUCCUCUUUUUUUUCAUCUCAGUCAGUAUACCUGCUUAAUAAGUUAAGAGUCAUCAGAGAACCUCACUACAGUCAUGUUAACCAUGGUGUUGUUUUACUGUUUGACAAGGUGACAAAGAACAGAUCUUUAAAAGUAUGUAGAUAAUUGGAGAUGAUACUGCUCGCUCAGUCUCUUAUUUACCAGAGCAGUAAAAAGUAUUUCUUUGUCAGUCCACUAGGUGGUGCUGAGUGUGCGCUGUAAUAAACAGAGCCGAGGAAGAACUGAGGAUGUCUUAGGAUAAAAAUGAUUGUCAGAUGGUUUUAUUAAGGGACGAAGAUUUUGAGUUAUUCAAAAUCUCUUUAGUUCUUAUCAAAGCAGAAUAUGGAUCCACCUUUUCCUUCCUUCAUUUUUUUCCCUUUUUUUAUUUGUUCCAUUCCUCCUCCUCCUCCUCCUUCUCGUUUUCCUUCCUGCGUUUUCCCCUCUGUCCCCAACUCCUGCCCUUCCUCCUUCUUUCCCCACUCCUUUUCCUUCCUUUCUUCUUCCUUGCUCUCUCCUUCCCUGCCACCUUUUUUUCUGUCCCUCCUUGUCUUUCUUCCCUUUCCUAAUAUCACCCCCCCUCCUUUCCUUCUGCUCCUUCCAUUCCUCAUUUUCUUCUUUUACUCUUCCUUUACUUUUUCCCUCUUCUUGUUUUCCUUGUCUUUCUUUUGUUGCCCCAUCUUUUUUCCAUCUUUUCUCCCUUCUCCUCCCCUUCCUCUUGUCUUUGUCUUCUUCGUUUCCUCCUCUUACCCCCCCUCCCAUUUUCCCUCUUUUUCAUUUUCUCUUUCUCUCACGCUUUUGUCUCCUUUUAUCCUCUGCCACCUUUUUUUUUUAACCUUUACCUUUUCAUCCACUGUCUUUCCCUCCUUCACUCCUUAAUACUCCCAUUUUUUUUUCAUUUUUAACUUUUGAUCUUUUCUCUCUGUAUUUCGUCUUUUCAUGCUCUUAGUUUUUGUUUAUCUCCUUCUUCUUCUCUAUCUCUCUGCAGGUAACAACACCUGUUUUUAUGGGAAAUGUUAUUACUGUCGGGAAAGUGAGCCGGCAUGUGCAGAUGGAGAGAUGAUGGAGGGCUCUUUAACCCUCUGGCUGCCGGACGUGUGGCCGCUGCAGAAACACAGACACCCGUGGGGACGCACAUACAGAGAGGGGAAGCUUGCCAGGUGAGUCAUACCUGAGUGACAGACUGUUAUCGCACUGACUCACAUCUUCUCAGCUGAAUGCAUGGAGUGAAUCUCUUUUAUCUGUCUGUGUGUUUAUGUGUUUCGACCAGGUGGGAGUACGAUGAGAGUUACUGCGAGGCUGUGAAGAAGAUGCCGCCGUAUGAUGCCGGCCCACGGCUGCUGGAUGUCAUCGAUACAGCCAUCUUUGAUUACCUAAUUGGAAAUGCUGACCGGCAUCACUACGAGAGUUUCCAGGACGAUGGCGGCGCCAGCAUGCUCAUCCUGCUCGACAAUGCCAAAAGGCGAGGAAACAACAAAAACACAAAGAUGAUGCUUUUUUAGGUCAUGAAGAGUCAUAAGCAUUGAUCUCAGUAUGUUAUACCAACUACAAACUCAUCACUGUAUGUCUAAGUUUGCCAAUGAAACCUCCCCUAAAAUAGAAAGAAAAAAUCCCCCGAUAUAUGAAGAAUUAAGGGGAAUCCCCUCCACUUCAAAACUUGAUUUUCAUGCCUGAUUGAAAACCGAUAAUAAAUACUUUCUAACCUAUAUUCUAUUUACAACAUUACAGGAAGGAAGUUCCCCCUGAGCAGAGCUGUCAGGUUUCUGUCUCGGGUUGUUAUUUUGUUCUUUGUCUCCUUUUAUUUGCAGCUUUGGGAACCCAGCUUUAGAUGAGCGCAGCAUCCUUGCCCCCCUCUACCAGUGCUGCAUGUGAGUACUCUGAUCCAGAAUCUAGAAUUAGUGCCUGGUGCUUGCAAAAUGCAGGUGAUGAUUUACAACCCCACAACAAUUUUGAUAUGUUAUGGAAAACAUUGGUUCAUUUAAUUUGAUGUCAGCAGCAGGUUUCAAAACAAUUCUCAGAGAAACAACCAAACAGAUAGAAGUUAUCCCAAAAGUGCAAUGCUAAAUAAACACCUGGAGGAACAUCUGCCAACUAAUGAGGUGAAUUUCCAACAGGUUAGUAACAUGAAUUGGUAUAAAAUGGACUUUCAGAGAGGCUGAGUCUCUUCACCACUUUGGUUCACCACUCUGUGAGAGACUGAGUGAGCUUUUAGGUCAACAGUUUCAGAAUAAUGUUCCUGAGUGUCAAAUGUGAAAGAAUGAGUGGAUUUCAUCAUCUACAGAACAAAAUAUAAUUAAAAGAUUCUGGAGAAAUCGCUGUACAAAAGGGACAAGAACCAAAACCAAGACUGAGUGGUCCUGAUGUUCAGAUCCUCUGUUUUUAAUGCACUGCAUUUAAAACAGACAGGACUCUGGAGUGGAAAUCACUGCAUGGACUCAGUAUCAAUUCCAAGUGUAUCAUGCAUCGAGGACAGCAUGCAGUGCUGUGAAAAAGUAUUUGCCCCCUUACACAUUUCUUCUAUUUUUGUCUUUUUUUUGUCACAGUUACAUGUUUCAGAUCAUCAAACAAAUAUGAAUGUUAGACAAAACCUGAGUAAAUACAAAAUGCAGUUUUAACCUUAGAUUCUGCACAAGGAGUAGAGGGACCCCCCAGCUUGUUAUCAGCUCACAGUUCAAAGUCAGUACCUGAUGGUACAGGAAUUAUAAGUGUCCAUGGUAUGGGUAGCUUACACGAGCUCCAUUAUUACUGAACAACAUCUACAGGUUUAGGAGCAACAUCUGCUGCCAUCCAGACAAAGACUUUUUCAGUGAGAUAAUGACAAACUAAAUUCUGCAGGGACUACAACAGCGUGGCUCUGUAGUAGAAGAGUCCUGCUGAUAAAUACAACAUUUCACUUUUCAAACUCCAGAAACAUGUCUGCUGAGUUCACUAACGUUGACUGAGUGUUGGUAAAAGAAGAGCUGAUGACACCCAAUGUCCUUGUAAUUACUUUUUAGAAACAUGUUGCUGGCGCUAAAUUUAAAAUGAGCCGAUUCGCUUCAUAAAACCUAUAAAAAAAAUGAUAGUCUCAAUAUUUGAUAUGUUGUCUUUUCAGUUUCUAGGUUGAACUUAAAGGACAUAUUUAUGUUUUGUCGUUCUACUUGUUAGCUGUUGUGUCCCACCCCUUGAUUGACCCUCUUACCUCAGACUGCUCUUUAGCCCAUCAACUUUUAUUGGCUGUUAAAUCAAAAUGCUGAUCUUAACGCCUCUGACUCUGUGUGUUAGGGUACGAGUGUCUACCUGGAACAGACUGAACCUGCUGAGGAGCGGAGCUCUGAGCUCUGCGAUGCGCCAGGCUCUCGGUUUCGACCCCAUCCAGCCUGUCCUGUCUGAGCCGCACCUGGCCGCCCUGGACCGCCGUCUGUCUGGUGUCAUAGCGACGGUGAAGCAGUGCAUGGAGAGUCAGGGUCCCGACAACACACUGAUCGAGGACCGCAUGAACCUCCCUCACCCGUAAAACGCACACAGGACAGUGCUGGUGAGGGGGAGGAAGGAGAGGACGGAGCAGAUGGGUAAAGGACUGCACUCCCUCUCGCUCUGUUUCCUGUCUGAUUACAGGACGGCUCUCAGAUUUGGAUUCAGUCUGAACUCUCUCUGGACUGUUGUAUAUACAGGACCAUAACGGACCUCCGACCCUGCGCCGAGUUUCAGGCUGUCCACGGUCUCACACUGAAGAGUCGACUGUGAUGAAUGAAAAUAAUAAACCCAGAUUCAAAUGAUUUUUCCUCUCUUGAACUCAAACUGAACUCUGAUUGGAGGAAAUCACUGUACAGACUUAUUUCCAUAGUGACCUAAAAAUAUACAUCUGUUCUAAUGUUCAGCACAUAGAAGAGUGUGUGUUUGUGAGAGAGUUUGUGUGUGUGAGGGAGUGUGUGUGCACCAUAUUGUGCCAUAUAUAAGAAGCUACUGACAUGACAGACUUGAAGGGGGGGUGUGAGGGUUCAUCUUCAUCAUUAAACUCUGAUCUAUUUAACUGAGCUGAUCUCAGGUCUGUAUUUCUGUUGCAAUCUGUCGCAAUAAAGAAAUAGUCAAAGGUUUUUAAGUGAGGUUGUACAAGAAGCAUGUCAAUGGUAGGUGUUUUAUCCCAGUCAGCUUGGCCCUUUUUGUUGAGAGGCCAUCCAGAGAACCAGAGCAGAAGCUGGGCUAGCCACAGGUCUUACUACUCCAACAAUAGCCCAAAUGUCCUGGAAGUGUAUUAGGAAAUCUCUCAGCACUUUCUUUUGCCAUCACGUAGUCCAUAUGUUGUGCAGACCAAAGGUUAGGUCAUGCAAAAAAAAACAAAAAACAGAGCUAUUUCUAGUUUUCUUGUUGGACUUCUAAAAAUUGUAGAAAGCAGAUGAAGCAGCAGCAUUCAAGGAGGCAGGAGAAGAUGCACAGUUCCUGCAGCUCCUUAGAGUGUAUCAAACCAUGUAAAUGAUUGAAGGUCACAAAAAGUCUCAAAAACUUGAAUUUUACUCGUAGAUGGUCAUCACAUUUUGCCCACCCCCCUACCCCCCAUCUUUAUAUCCACUCUUGCCACUCACUCUUUCAGCUAUGCACAGUGACAUGUCUUCUUGCUCUGAGAGGUAGUUGCAUUAGGUUGCCUCCAAACUGAAACGGAUGAAACUGCCCUUUCUGGGUCAGCAAAAGGAAAAUACCAAAACCCCAGUUAAUAAUCAUGGUGUUCAUAUGGACAAGCUUGUACAAAUCUGACUCUACCUCCUCCACACACCGUCUAAAGAUGACAGUCCUGAACGUUAGAUCCUUGGUGAGCAAAACUUUUCUUGUCAAUGACUUCAUAUGUGCAAACAAGCUUGACUGUAUUUGACUUACUGAAAUAUGGCUUGAUAUGACUGGUAACAAAGAGCUGAUCGAAACUGCAUCUCCUGACUAAAUGUUCACACUGUAUAAGAAGAGCUCAUAGGAAGGUGGGGGAGUUGCAUUUCUGCAUCACACAACAUUAAUUAGUCAUCUAGCCUACCUCGGUGAUUUUUACACAUUUGAAUGUUUAGCUGUAGCUACUACUUAUUAUACAGCAAUCAGAAAAAGAAACAAGAAUAGGAACUUUAUUGAUCGCCGAAGGGAAAUUCAAAUGUCUGUCGUCUCAUUUGUCAUGUCUCAAAAGUCAUCUACUAUUUACAGAAGAGUUGUAAAGUCUGAUGGCUGUGGAUACAAAAGAUCUUCUGAAUCUUCUGAAAGAGAGAGGAGCCGUCCACCACCAUUGGCCCUUUGGUCAAUCAAGGUGUUGUGAAGUGGGUGAUCCAUGUUCUUUAGAAUAGUCUCCACCUUCCUCAGUGUAAACCUCUCCACCACAUCCUCCACUGAGUCCAGCUUGAAUCCAACCACAGAGCCAGCCGUUUGUUAAGACGUCUUGCAUCUUUGUGUUUGAUACUUCCUCCCCAGCAGACUGCAGCGUAGAACAGAACAUUGUAGACACCACAGACCGAUCAAACAUCUGCAACAUCUUACCACAGAUGUCUAUUGAUCGGAGUCUUCUCAGGCAAAAGAGGUGUUUCAUCAGUGAAAACACCUCUCACGUGCUUGUACAGGAGUACAUGUAGUCAUGUAAAUUCUUUGUAAGUGAGAUUAUUGACGACACUGUUCCCAUUAAAAUCAGAGUUAACAGUAGCAAACCAAUAGCUCCUUAAAGGAACAUGGGAAAGAAUAAAGAUGCUUAUAAGAUCCUGCUGAGAGCGUGAACAAAAACGGCAUAAACAUGAGCUUUGACUUUAUUUUGACGUCUAAAAACGCAGAACUGCCAUAACACAGAAUUUAAAAUAACAAGACAAAAACUUAUCUCAAAAAUGAUCAAUGACAAUAAAAAUAAUGCUCAGUUCUUCAUAGAUGAUAAAUGCCUCAACUAAAUGCAAUGGAUGUGCCACUUAGUUCAUGUAAAGGUCUCCAAUAUAAGGAAACUCACUUUACAGCCACACAAAGACAGUCCCUAACUUCCCCCCUGAAUCAGCCCACUACUGUCUUAACUCAUCAGCCUAGUGAUCUUGAGAAAGUGAUCAAGUAGCUAAAUUCUUUCCCCUGCUCUCUUGACCUUGAACCUACAAAACAAUUAAAAGGUGUCUCUCAAUGUCUAUCAGAGGAUCUACUUAAUAUAAUAAUUCCCUUUCUUCAGUCUGGUUUUUCCCCACUUCUCUUAACCACACUGUUGUCACUCCAUUACUAACAAAAAAAAACCCACAAGAAACUUGAUCCAUUAAUUAUUACCAACUACAACCCCAUCUCUAACCUUCCUGUUAUCACUAAAAUCAUUGAAAAGGUUAUCUACAAACCGUUACAUGGUUAUCUCACUCUUCACAAGCUGUAUGAUGUGUACUAGUCAGAUUUUAGAGCAAGUCACAGCUUUGGUAAAAAAGUUAUUAAUGACCUAAAAAUCAACCAUGAUGAAAACAAACUUCCUGUCUUAGUUCUAUUAGAUUUGAGUUCUGCUUUUGACACUGCUGAUCAUAAUACUCUCAUUCACAGGCUAGAAAAUUGUGUUGGACUCUCAGCACCUGUCCUUCAGUGAAAUCAUACUUUCAAAAUAAAUCCCUCUCACUUUCACUUGGUAACGACACGUCAAACACUUCAGCGCUCACUAUGGGGUGCCACAAGGGUCAGUGCUCGGUCCACUUUUAUUCAGCUUUUACAUGCUCCCUCUUGGUACCAUCAUACAGAAAUACAAUAUUUCCUACCAUUCCUAUGCAGAUGAUACACAGUUGUAUGUCUCACUUUCACUUGAAAACACAUUAGUCCAAUCCAUAACCUGGUCAAAUGUAGAGAUGAAAUCAGCCAGUGGAUGUCAAAAAGUCUUCAACAAGUUAACAAAGACAAAAUCAUUACCCCCUCUUCAGCACAGUGAGCAUGUCAGGAGCGUUGGUGUCAUAUUAGAUUAGUUUAGACUUUUGACAACACAUCACAACAAUAAAAAAAAAAAAAAAACGCAGUCUACUUCUGGAAAAGAUUUCCAAACUAAAGCACUUCAUGUGAUUUCAAAGAAUUGGUUCAUGUUUUCAUCUCCCGCAUAUCAGAUGACUGUAAUUUCCUCUUCCCUAUACUACGCAAAUCAAUAAACACACAUUAGUUUAUCUAAAGUACUGCGGCCAGAGUGCCAAAAGAGAACCAAAAGAACACAACAUACUCUACUCAUACUUUUAAAUCUUCAUCAGCUAUGUUCAGUACAGAAUUAAAUUUAAAACACAACUACUUGUUUAUAAAGCUUCAAAUGGUAUCUUUUAUAAGGUGUGAGCCUCCUGAAUGUACCUGAGGAUAAAACAAAAACAGGUGAAGGUGCUUUUCAUCUCCCGCAUAUCAGAUGACUGUAAUUUCCUCUUUCCUGGACUACUCAAAUCAAUAAACACACAUUAAUUUAUCUAAAGUGCUGCGGCCAGAGUGCCAAAAGAGAACCAAAAGAACACAACAUACUCUACUUCUACUGUUAAAUCUUCAUCAGCUACCAGUUCUGUACAGAAUUAAAAUUAAUACACAACUACUUGUUUAUAAAGCUUCAAAUUGUAUCUUUCAUAAGGUGUGAGCCUCCUGAAUGUACCUGAGGAUAAAAAAAAAAAACACGUGAAGGUGCUUUCAGUUACUAUGGUGCUGUGCUGUGAAAUAAGCUUCCUCGUGAUCUGAGGUCUGCAGAAACUUUUUUCAAAUGUUUUCAAACAAUUAUUCUCAUCAUGCUGACAUUUGACAGUCAAAAUCAUAGUUUCUUGUGAAUAUCUAAUAAGACAAAAGUAGAAACAGGUUGUUUCUGCAGCUGCACGCCGGACACCUGCUCCCUCACACCAGUUUCAUGCAUCAAAAAUCCACUAUCAAUCUUUGUAUUUGAAUGUCAUAGAAAGACAUCAGUAUGAAUUGCAGUGUAUUUCAUGAAUGUCAAAAAGUUCCAAACAGGAGCUUCAACCUGUAUUUAAUCACGUUAGUCUCACUGAAACCUGGUCAAGAUAGUCAGCAGCUAAACCACAAAGCAACAGACAUGAACACACAGGAAAGCCCAGCAACAUUAACAGGCACAAACAUUUGAAAUUCAAUUGCAGAGUCAUUUGUGAAAGCCACAGUAAUCUCAAUUAUCUCAUUUAAUGGCUCUGACUUCUUGAGUUUUAAGUCAUUCUGCAGUAAAUGCCAAGCCGAAGGUGAAGAAUACAGCGCUGCAUGGAUUAGUCUUGGGAGUGCAAUAGAUACUGUCCAGCUCAAGACAGUGAGGUCACAGGCCAGGGAUUGCUCUGCUCAUGCCCAUGUUCUGCUACCCAAUAAUAAUAAUGAUAGUUAUCAUGUAAAUGAUAGUUCUGAGUCCUUUAAACAAUUUCUAAAAGCCAUGAAUUUGAUUUUAAAAGUGUGCAUUUAAGUGAGUAUGAAUCAGAUUUCUACACAUACGAACUUGAGUCCUUGGGUACGUGACCAAAAGUGUUCAAGUUAUGUUACGAGGGUCAAAAGCAGGUUGUAGGAAGACUUAAGCGAGUCGUGAUUCUGCCAAUCACACAUGCGCAGCGAUGGCUGAAACAGCUCCAACUCAGCAUUACAGGUAAAAUAAAUAACAUGGUAUUUUAUUGACAUUUCCAGUAUUGUUUUGAUAACACCUCACAAUGAUGUACUUUUUUAAAAACACCAGCCCACUAGGUCGGGGCUUGAUCAUGGUUUUCUCAUGGUUUUGUCCAUCAUGGAUCUUCAGUUUGCUGAAAUAACAACAUCAUGGUGCAAAUUAGUCAAAGGUCAAGCUUUGUCAGGUCUGCCCGCAAGAGGAGAAGAAAACAACUUUUACAAUGACUGUUUGUUGAAUGGAGAUCAGAGCCAUCAUGUCUGAUGCAUUCAGGGAAGUCAGGAAAUCUAAACUCUCAUAGUGACUCAACAUUAAGCAGAUAAGUAUCUCACUGUAAAUGUUUGGUUGAGUUCAGACUGUUAGCCGACCUUAAUGCAGAUAUCCAUUUAUAUUGAGAGAUAAAUCCUCCUCAGAUUUCUAACCAUGGGAGCUGGAUGUCAUUAUUGCAUUCCUUUAAAGGCUGUUUUUUCCUGCAGACACCAAAGCCUGUAGAAACCUAAUUGGUCAGUACGACUCAGAGGCAAACAAAAACCAGAACACUACUCACUGAAACCCUGACCUCCACAAAUUCCCCAAAUGUGAAUGUUUCAACAGAGUCAGAUCUGAAAUAUUCUGCUGAUGGUGAUGGUUUGGUUUGUAAUAAUCACUUUUAUUUUUCUUCCCCUCACUUUCUGUAAAGGCUGGUUUCAUUUUUCCUGAACGACUUCUCAUAAAAUAAACAGCAUUUUUUUAGACACAAGUCAGAAAUUAGUCAGAGGUUUGACAGAGUUAGAUUGACUUCAUGGAUCUACAGGGAGCAUCAGAUAAGACCUGCUGCACCUGGAGCAUCACAGCUAAAUAAGCUGAAGUCAUGCUGUUUCUGUGAACACAACUAUGGUGGUCCAGGUGUGGUGGUAAUGAUGGAGGGUUCAGCUGUGGUUGGAACACCUGCGAUUCAGUCAGCUGUCAUCUGGUCCGAUUACCUGAUACAGUGUUAAUUCUGCAGCUGUUUGUACCACCUCUUUCUGUUAUUUAGGUUUCUAAAGUUCACUGAAGAUCAGACAUAAAGGUGGAGAAAGUAUACACUUUAAACUUAGGAGGAAGCACGGAUCCUUUGGGGGAAAAAAGACUGCGGUAAGAGUAGCAGUAGCGCUUUGACUAAUUUCCUGCAGUUUAUCAUCCAGGCUCUAAAACGUCCUCACAGUCUCAGAAUAAAACCCCCUCUGAAGAACAAUUUGUACAGCUGUUUCUGAGCAAAUCUCCUCUCAUAUGUAGAGACUUAUCCACUGGAAUCUGUCCAACAUCAAGCCAAUAAUCAAUA